UACAGAAAAGAGAAAAUGGUGUGACUUUCUUUGAAGCUGCGGUGCCAAUCCCUAUCAUGUUGCUGUUGUGGUACCGCUCUGUUAAUCGGUAGCCAAAACCAAGAAAAGCCAAGCUCCCUGAAGAGAUACAGACAAAGAUUUGAAAGACGCCAGAUAAGGAACCGGCAGUGAGAAAUACAGCAUUCUUUUCAAGAUAAGAGAUUAAGAAACGAGUGAGGUGUUCCAGAUGGUCAGUGAGAGCUGGAUUUUUUUUGAGAUGAGAGGCUGAAAUACAAUCACAGAAGUUAAAACACACACACACACAAAACAGUUGCGGCAUCUAUGUCUGCUUCGUGUUCCUAGCAGGGAGAAAUCACGACCACAAGAAGGAUGGAGACCAAGGCUGACCUCAGGUCAGCCACGGUGACUGUGCUUCAUGAUUAUGUGGGCUGCAGGACAUAUGAGGUGCCGUCUUCAGUUUCUGUGGGAGCCAUAAAAGAGUUAAUUUAUCCAGACACGGGUUUUCCUGUAGCUGAGCAGUGUCUGUACCACCAGGGAAGACAGUUAUUAGACUGUGUCAAGGUUGGAGAUCUUCAGGCUUCUCAGAAUCAUGUAUUUCUAAACCUUUGGUCAAAGGGCCUAAAAGGAGGAGGUCGUUUUGGUCAAACAACUCCACCGCUUGUAGAUUUCCUUAAAGAUAUUUUAAGAAGAUAUCCCGAAGGAGGGCAAAUUCUUAAGGAAUUAAUUCAGAAUGCAGAAGAUGCAGGAGCCACAGAAGUUAGGUUCCUAUAUGAUGAGACACAGUAUGGAACAGAGUCUCUCUGGUCUAAGGACAUGGGUCAAUACCAGGGUCCUGCACUUUAUGUAUACAAUAAUGCAGUUUUUACCCCGGAGGACUGGCAUGGCAUUCAGGAGAUAGCAAGAAGUAGAAAGAAAGAUGAUCCUCUUAAAGUUGGAAGAUUUGGAAUUGGUUUUAAUUCAGUUUAUCACAUUACAGAUGUUCCUAGUAUAUUCAGUGGUGACCAAAUUGGAAUGCUGGACCCUCAUCAAACACUUUUUGGACCCCAUGAAUCAGGUCAAUGUUGGAAUCUAAAAGAUGACAUCAAAGAAAUUAGUGAGCUGACAGACCAAUUUACACCUUUCGUUGGUGUGUUUGGAAGCACUAAGGAAACCUUCAAAAACGGACAUUUUCCGGGUACAUUCUUUCGUUUUCCUCUUCGCCAGCAGCCUUCUCAACUAAGUAGCAAUCUGUAUAACAAGGAAAAGGUUCUGGAAUUGUUUGAAUCAUUCAGAGCAGAUGCAGACACAGUUCUUUUGUUCCUUAAAAGUGUGCAAGAUGUCUCUUUACAUGUUCGGGAAGCUGAUGGGACUGAGCGACUAAUUUUUAGAGUUACUGCCAGUGAGAACAAAGCUUUGAAGCAUGAAAGGCCCAACUCUAUCAAGAUUUUGGGAAGUGCAAUAAACCAGUAUUGUAAAGGCAUUCCAAGUAACAGCGCAACAUGUGUGACAUACCAUGUAAACAUUGUUUUAGAAGAUGAGAGUAUUAAAGAUGCACAGAAGACAUCUUGGCUGGUAUGCAACAGUAUUGGAGGACGAGGAAUAUGUAAUGAAUUGGAUUGUUUGGCUGAUGACUUGAAAUAUAUCCCAUCUAUUGGUAUAGCUAUGUCUUUAUCGAGCAAUGGAGAAGACAAAGGAGCCGCAGCACAGUUUUCAGGAAGAGCAUUUUGUUUUCUUCCAUUACCUCCUGGUGAGGAAAGUAAAACAGGGCUCCCGGUUCAUGUUAGUGGUUUUUUUGGACUUACAGAUAACAGAAGAAGUAUCAAAUGGAGAGAGCUUGAUCAGUGGCGAGAUCCAGCAGCCUUGUGGAAUGAGCUUCUUGUGGCCAACAUGGUCCCCAAAGCCUAUGCAGCCCUCAUAUUAGAAGCAAUUAAACGGAUGGAAACAGAGAAGGAUUCCGAUUUCCCUCUGUCAGUUGAGAGAAUUUACAGAUUAUGGCCACAAAAGAACAACAUAAAAGUUCACUGGCAGCCAAUUAUAGAACCUCUUUUGAAAGAGUUGUUCCAAAAUGAAAUUAUUUACUCCGUCAGUGAUAACUGGAUAAAGGUGGAGGAUGUGUAUUUUUCAGAAAUUGAUGACAGCUUGGAAUACACCCAAGCUGUGCUAAACUACCUCCAGGACUCAGGGAAAGAGGUUGCUAAAGUACCAGAGAAUAUUGCUAAUGCAGUUGACCUUAUUGUUUCUAGUACAAAACCUGUGAAAAAAGUGACUCCUACUACGGUGCGGCAAGUGUUCAGAAAAUCUGGACAUAAGGGACUUGCUGAUGAAAAGCUUUGUAUCUUAGACUUUGUGCUUAGUGAUGGCAACUAUAAUGAGCUUAUAGGACUGGAGCUUUUGCCCUUACAAAAUGGAAAUUUUAUUCCAUUCUCUUCAUCAGCAUCAGAUCAAGAUGCAAUUUACAUAACUUCAGAAAGUUACCCAAGGUCCCUCUUCCCAGGUCUUGAAGGAAGAUUGCUUGCUGAUGACUUGAAACCUCAAGUUCUGACUGCUUUGAAAGAAGCUGCCAAAAGCAGAGGAAGACCAUGCACUCAGCUUCAGCUUCUGAACCCUGAACGAUUUACACGGCUCAUCAAAGAAGUUAUGAAUAUUUUAUGGCCUAGUAGAGAGAUUGUGGUGCAAUGGUUUCCACUUUCUGAAGAUAAAAAUCAGCCACCUGUUUCAUGGCUUAAAAUGGUAUGGAAGAACCUGUAUAUACAUUUUUCCGAAGACUUGUCUGUGUUUGAUGACAUGCCACUUAUCCCAAAAACGGUACUAGAUGAAGAUAAAGAAGUAGUGGAACUUAUUAGAUUAAGGACUCCAUCACCAAUUAUUCUUGAUGAUGGAUGUGAAACGCAGCUUCCAGAAUUGUUACCAGACAUCAUUGAGCAACUUGGUGGAAUUGUGCUUAAGAAACUAGAUCCUUCUAUACAACAUCCGCUUUUAAAAAAAUAUAUACACGCUCCACUGCCAAGUGUAGUUUUGCAGAUAGUGGAAAAACUUCCCUCUCAGAAAUUGAAAGGUCAGGUCACAUCAUUCCCCACAUCAUACAAAAACGCCCUUAGAAGCUUCCUUGCUAGUUUAACUGAUAUUACUGAAAAAGAGAAAAAAGUGGUUCAUGAGUUAAUAAUAUUUAAUAGAGUUAAACAGUCGUUUGAUGAAGUCAUUGCUUUUACUGCAUUGAAAGGCUGUAAAGUACUGCAUCACACUGCCAAACUUCCACCUGACAUAAAACUCUCUGUUUCACUAGUUGACAGCAGUGAUGAAGCUACCAUUCGUUUAGUAAACAUACUGAAAGCAGAACAACUCAAGAGCACAGACUGCAUGAAGUUUAUUUUAAAAGAUAUUCAAAGUGGCUUUUAUUGUAGCGAUGAAGCAACAAAAAUUAUGCUAUGGAUUCUGGAGAAUCUGACUUUUCUCAAAAAUGAAAAUGCAGAAGUGUUGGAUUGGCUGACACAAUUACAAUUUAUACAAAUUUCAGAAGGAAAAAUGGUGUCAGCCAGUGAACUUUUUGAUCCUGAAGUAGAAGUAUUACAAAAUCUGUUCUAUGGAGAAGAACACUGCUUUCCACCUACUGUUUUUAAAACCUCUCCAGACAUUCUUCAUUCUUUAAGAUUAAUAGGCCUCAAAAGUGAGAGCAACUUGGAAGAGAGAGACAUUUUGAGUGUGGCUCAUAAAAUUGAGAACUUGAAGGACUCUGCUAGUACAAAUCACGAAGCACUCACAAGAAAAGCCAGAACUUUGUUAAUGAUUUUGAACAAAAGUUGUUCAUUACUGCAUUCACCUGAAAUAAAAGCAAUGUUGAAAAAGAUUAAAUGGAUUCCAGCAUGCAAGGAAAGACCUCCAAAUUAUCCAAGUUCAUUAAUUUGGAAAGGUGAUCACUGCAAUCUGUGCUCCCCACCUGAAAUGUGUGACUUAUCUCAAGCAACCUUAGUAGGUUCCUCUGUUCCCCUUGUGGAAAAUGUCCAACCAGGUGUUGAAAAAGCAUUAGGAAUUUCUCUCAAACCUAGCAUAAAAUCAGUGUUAAAACACUUUAAAGUAGUAGUAGACUGGCACAGUUCAAAAAAAAUUAGUGAUGAAGGUUACUAUCAGUUUCAGCACAUCUUGCUUGAGAUUUAUGGCUUCAUGCAUGAUCAUUUAGAUGAAGGAAAAGAACCUUUUAAAGCCUUGAAAUUUCCCUGGGUCUGGACGGGUAAAACAUUUUGUUCACUUUCUCAAGCAGUGAUAAAAUCAGCACAUGAUCUUGAUCUCCAGCCAUAUCUGCAUAAUGUGCCCAAAACCAUGGCUAAAUUCCACCAGUUGUUCAAAUGUUGUGGGUCAAUUGAGCAGUUGACCCCAGACCAUGUUUCUAUGGUAAUUCAGAAAAUAUACCUCAAAAGUGAUCAAUCUCUUACUGAAGAAGAGAGUAAGCAAAAUCUUCAAAUUAUGUUGAAUAUUAUAAGGUGGUUAUACAGCUGUCAGAUCCCAGCCAGUUUAAAUACACCUGUUCCGGUACAUUGUAGUAAAAAACCUUACAGACUUACAAUGAAACCAAUCCAUGAGUGCUGCUACUGUGAUAUCAAGGUUGAUGACUUAAAUGACUUGCUUGAAGAUGCUGUAGAACCAAUAAUUUUAGUUCAUGAAGACAUACCCAUGAAAACAGCAGAAUGGUUGAAUGUACCAUGUCUCAGUACUAGGUUGAUUAAUCCAGAAAAUAUGGGAUUUGAGCAAUCAGGUCAAAGAGAGCCCCUCACAGUAAGAAUUAAAAACAUUUUGGAGGAAUACCCAUCUGUGUCUGAUAUCUUCAAAGAGCUGCUUCAAAAUGCUGAUGAUGCAAAUGCAACAGAGUGUAAUUUUUUGAUUGACAUGAGGAGAAAUAAUGACAUAAGAGAAAAUCUUUUGGAUCCAGGUAUGGCAGCUUGUCAUGGACCCGCUCUGUGGUCUUUCAAUAAUUCUGAAUUCUCUGACUCUGACUUCCUAAAUAUAACCCGAUUGGGCGAGUCCCUAAAAAGAGCAGAAGUUGACAAAGUUGGAAAAUUUGGCUUGGGGUUUAACUCUGUUUAUCACAUCACUGAUAUCCCCAUCAUUAUGAGCAGAGAAUUUAUGAUCAUGUUUGAUCCAAACAUCAACCAUCUCAGUAAACAUAUAAGAGAUAAAUCUAACCCUGGAAUCAAGAUUAAUUGGAGUAAGCAACAGAAAAGACUUAGGAAGUUUCCUAAUCAGUUCAAGCCAUUCAUAGGUGUGUUUGGUUGUCAACUCCCAUUGACUGUGGAGGCGCCUUACAGUUAUAAAGGGACACUUUUCAGACUCUCUUUUAGAACUCAACAGGAGUCUAAAGUUAGUGAAGUCAGCAGUACUUGCUACAAUACUGCCGACAUCUAUUCUCUUGUGGAUGAGUUUAGCAUUUGUGGGCAUAGACUGAUAAUCUUUACUCAGUGUGUAAAUUCUAUGGUUUUGAAGUAUUUGAAAACUGAGGAAUCAAAUCCCAGUACAGCUCAAGAGACCGUAACUAUUAAAAAACACCUGUGUUUGUCCAAAGCAAUAACUACACCUGUUACAAGUGUUCUAAAGGAAGCUGCUAAACUCAUGAAGUCCUGCAGCAGUAGCACAAAAAAACUGCCUACUGAAUCACCAAAGUCCUCAUGCAUAUUGCAAAUAACAGUAGAAGAAUUUCAUCAUGUAUUCAGGCGGAUUGCUGACUUGCAUUCCCCAGUUUUUAGAGGGCCAGAAGAUGACACAGUUUCUUUCUUUGAAAUGGCUAAAUCCGGGCAGACAAAAAGGCCUGCUGAUGAACUACCACAAAAGACAGUAGACUCUACAACAUGGCUCAUAUGUUCUUGCAUGGAUACUGGAGAGGCCUUAAAAUUCUCACUACAGGAAAGUGGACGAAGGCUGGGACUUGUCCCAUGUGGUUCAGUAGGGGUUAUGUUGUCUGAAACGCAAGAUCAAAAAUGGACAGUGAAACCCUGUUGCAGCAACUUAGGAGAAGUAUUCUGCUAUUUACCUCUUCGAAUCAAAACAGGUCUGCCUGUUCAUAUCAAUGGCUCUUUUGCUGUUACAUCAAAUCGGAAAGAAAUCUGGAAAACUGACACGAAAGGACGGUGGAAUACAGUAUUCAUGCGGCAUGUCAUAGUAAAAGCCUAUUUGGAAGCUCUUGUGGUUUUACGUAACAUGGCUGUUUGUGGUGAGCUAGAGAAUUACAAUUACUGUGCAGUCUGGCCUGAUCCUGACUUAGUGCAUGAUGAUUUUUCAGUGAUAUGUCAAGGAUUUUAUGAGGAAAUAGCUCACACAAAAGGCAAAGAAGGGAUCCAAGUGUUCUCUGAUGGUUCAUCUUGGGUGUCCAUGAAGAAUGUGAGAUUCUUAGAUGACUCACUUUUGAAACGUCCAGACAUCGGAACUGCAGCUUUUAAGAUUUUUCUCAAAUACCUUAAAAAAACUGGCUCAAAAAAUCUCUGUGCUGUAGACCUACCUUCUUGGGUCAAAGCAGGCUUUGAAGAAGCGGGAUGUAAACAAGUGUUAUUAGAGAAUACUUUUUCAGAGAGACAAUUUUUUUCUGAAGUAUUUUUUCCAAAUAUUCAAGAAAUUGAGGCAGAACUCCGUGAUCCUUUAAUGCACUAUGUUCUGAAUGAAAAAGUUAGUGAGUUCUCAGAAAUUCUUUGUGCUACUCCAUGUAUUCCUUGUUCUUUGAUUGAACAUCCUCUGGUGGAACCUUCCAGACUGAUCCAUCCUGAAGGCAGAGUUGCAAAGUUGUACGAUAAAGAAGAUGGAAGAUUUCCCCAUGGCACUAGUCAAGAUUACCUUAAUCCAGUAAUUUUGGUCAAAUUAGUUCAGUUAGGAAUGGCUAAAGAUGAUAUUGUAUGGGAAGACUUGAUUGAACGUGCAGAAUCUGUAGCAGAAAUCAACAAGACUGAUCAUGCCUCAGCUUGUCUCAGAAGCAGUAUAUUAUUAAAUCUCAUAGAUGAAAAACUUAAAUGUAGAGACCCUAGAGCAAAAGAAUUCACUGCAAAAUUUCAAUCCAUACCUUUUCUUCCAUUUCUCACAAAACCAGCAGGCUUCUCCUUGAACUGGAAGGGUACUGAUUUUGGACUUGAAACAAUGUUUUCAGCAAUGGACCUUUUCACUGCUGAUUACCAAGAUAUAGUUUGUCUGUUAAAACCAAUUCUUAAUGAAAAUUCCCAUUCCUUUAAAGGUUGUGGGACCAUUUCCCUGGCAGUCAAAGAUUUUUUAGGCUUGCUUAAGAAACCAACUGUCACUAUGGUAAUAAACCAGUUGAAAGAAGUUGCAAAGUAUUUUGAUGGAAUUACUUUAUAUCAGGAAAACAUCACCAAUGCUUGCUAUAAAUAUCUCCAUGAAGCACUGCUACAAAAUGGAGCAACAAAAGCACUCAUCAUAGAGGAGUUAAAAACUUGCAGUUUCAUUCUGGUUGAAAAUGGCUAUGUUGAUCCCACAAAGGUGUCUUUUCAUCUGAACUUUGAGGCAGCACCAUUUCUCCAUCAACUGUCAAAUAAAUACAGAAAUAGUUUUCGUGAGCUGUUCGAAAGUGUAGGUGUGCGUCAUGCUUUUACAGUGGAAGAUUUUGCUCUAGUUCUUGAGUCAGUCAAUCAGGAAAGAGGAACUAAACCACUGACUGAAGAAAAUUUUCAGCUUUGUAGGAGAAUCAUCAGUGAAGGAAUAUGGAGUCUCAUUAGAGAGAAAAAACAAGAACUUUGUGAAAAAAAGUAUGGGGAGAUUUUGUUGCCAGAUACUCACCUUGCCCUUCUAUCUGCUAAUUCUUUGUGUUACAAUGACUGUCCCUGGAUAAAAGUGAAAGAUACAACUGUAAAAUACUGCCAUGCUGACAUCCCUAGAGAAGUAGCAGUAAAGCUUGGGGCUGUACCUAAGCGACAUAAAGCCUUAGAACGAUAUGCAUCAAACAUCUGUUUCACUACUCUUGGGACUGAGUUUGGGCAGAAAGAAAAAUUGACAAGCAGAAUUAAAAGUAUUCUUAAUGCAUAUCCAUCAGAAAAAGAAAUGCUGAAAGAGCUCCUUCAGAAUGCUGAUGAUGCAAAAGCUACGGAAGUCUGCUUUGUGUUUGAUCCUCGACAACAUCCCAUUGAUAGAAUAUUUGAUGAAAAAUGGUCUCCACUUCAAGGGCCUGCACUGUGUGUCUUCAACAAUCAACCAUUUACUGAAGAUGACAUUAGAGGAAUUCAGAACCUUGGAAAAGGCACUAAAGAAGGCAAUCCAUGUAAAACUGGCCAGUAUGGCAUAGGGUUCAAUUCUGUGUAUCACAUAACUGACUGUCCUUCUUUCAUUUCUGGUAAUGAUAUACUUUGUAUCUUUGAUCCUCAUGCUAGAUAUGCACCAGGUGCAACAUCAAUUAGUCCUGGACGCAUGUUUAGGGACCUGGAUUCUGAUUUCAGAACGCAGUUCUCUGAUGUUUUAGAUCUAUAUUUAGGAGAUCACUUUAAACUGGAAAAUUGUACUAUGUUUAGGUUUCCACUUCGAAAUGGAGAAAUGGCAAAAGUUUCAGAAAUCUCCCCAGUGCCAUGCUCCGACAGAAUGGUACAAAAUCUUCUAGAUAAGUUGCGUACAGAUGGAGCAGAACUCUUGAUGUUUUUGAACCACAUGGAGAAAAUUUCUAUUUGUGAAAUAGAGAAAACAACGGGAGCGCUUAAUGUGUUGUAUUCUGUAACUGGCAAAGUAACUGAUGGAGAUAGACUGAAACGAAAGCAAUUCCACGCUUCUGUAAUUGACAGUGUAACUAAGAAGAAACAGCUUAGAGAGAUACCUGUGCAGCAAAUCACUUAUACUAUGGAUACUGAAGAUUCUGAAGGUAACCUUACAACCUGGUUAAUUUGCAACAGGUCAGGUUUUUCAGCCAUUGAAAAGGUAUCUAAGAGUGUUGUUUCAGCACAUAAGAAUGAGGACAUUACUCUUUUUCCCCGAGGGGGAGUUGCUGCAUGUAUUACUCACAACUACAAAAAACCACAUCGGGCAUUUUGUUUUUUACCUUUGUCUUUAGAGACUGGGUUACCAUUUCAUGUGAAUGGGCACUUUGCCCUGGAUUCUGCCAGACGAAAUCUGUGGCGUGAUGAUAAUGGAGUUGGAGUACGAAGUGACUGGAAUAAUAGUUUAAUGACAGCACUGAUAGCACCAGCCUAUGUUGAACUUCUUAUUCAGCUGAAAAAACGUUAUUUUCAAGGGGCCGAUCCAACAGUGUCAGUGCUACAAAACACAUCUAUGCAUUCUGUGAAAGACACUCUGAAAAAGUUUCUAUCAUUUUUCCCAGUUAACAGACUUGAUUUGCAGCCAGAUUGGUAUUGCUUGGUGAAAGCAGUCUACAGCUGCAUUCAUGAGGACUCAAAACGCCUCCUACCUGUUGUGCGAGCUCCAAACGUUGAUGGCUCUGAUUUGCAUUCUGCAGUUAUCAUUACUUGGGUCAAUAUGUCUACCUCAAACAAAGCUAGGCCAUUCUUCGACAAUUUGUUACAAGAUGAGUUGCAGCACCUCAAAAAUGUAGAAUACAACAUUACAACGCGUAAAUCUGUAGCAGAAAAUGUGUAUAGACUCAAACAUCUCCUUUUAGAAAUUGGCUUUAAUUUGAUCUAUAGCUGUGAUGAAACGGCAAACCUUUAUCAUUGUCUUGUGGAUGCAGACAUUCCUGUGAGCUAUGUGACUCCUGCUGAUGUCCGAUCAUUUUUGAUGACAUUUUCCUCUCCAGAUUCUAAUUGCCACAUUGGGAAGUUGCCUUGUCGUCUUCAACAAACAAAUUUAAAACUUUUCCACAGUCUAAAACUUCUUGUUGACUAUUGUUUUAAAGAUGCAGAAGAAGAUGAAAUCAACAUUGAAGGAUUACCUCUGCUCAUUACACUUGAUAGUGUGCUGCACAUUUUUGAAUCGAAACGUCCAAAGUUCUUAACAACCUAUCAUGAAUUGAUUCCGUCUCGUAAAGAUCUGUUUAUGAAUACACUCUAUUUGCGGUACAGCAAUAUAUUGCUUAAAUGCAGUGUAGCAAAAGUAUUUGAUAUCACCAGCUUUGCUGAUUUGUUGUCAUCUGUGUUGCCAAGAGAAUACAAAGCCAGAGGUUGUAUGAGAUGGAAGGAGAACUUUGCGAGUGAAUCCUGGCUUAAGAACACAUGGCAUUUUAUUAGUGAAUCUCUAAAUGUCAAGGAUGAACAGCAAGAUGCAAAACCAUCAUUUGAUGUUGUUGUUGACACUUUGAAGGACUGGGCAUUGCUUCCAGGUACAAAAUUCACCGUCUCUUCCAAUCAGCUUGUCGUACCGGACUGUGAUGUCUUGCUUCCUCUCAGUCUUAUGCAUAUAGCUCUCUUCCCAAAUUCUCAAACUGAUAAAGUUUUUCAUGCUUUAAUGAAAACUGGUUGCAUUCAACUUGCUUUGAACAAAAUUUGCUCCAAGGAUAAUGCUCUAGUGCCUCUGUUGUCAGGUCAUGCAGCAAAUAUAGAUAAUCCUUCAAGCAUUUUAAGAGCUAUACAUUACAUGGUUCAAACAUCAACAUUUAAGACGGAAAAAUUAGCUGAGAAUGACUUUGAAGCACUCUUGAUGUACUUCAGUUGCAACCUAAAUCAUUUAACAUCUCAGGAUGACAUUAAAAUAUUGAAGUCCCUUCCAUGCUAUAAAUCUAUCAGUGGACGAUAUAUAAGCAUUUCAAAAUGUGGAGCAUGUUACGUACUCACAAGGAGUAUUCCCUCAGUUGAAGUGGAUAGGUGGACACAGUCAACUUCAACAGCCUUUCUUGAGGAAAAAAUCCAUUUACAAGAUUUGUACUCUGUGCUAGGUUGUGUUCCAGUAGAUGACCUUGAAGUUUAUUUGAAGCACCUUUUACCAAAGAUUGAAAGUCUGUCUUACGAUGCAAAACUAGAACAUCUGAUUUACUUAAAGAACAGGCUCUCUAGCAUUGAAGAAUCAUCAGAAAUAAAGGAUCAGCUAUUUGAGAAGUUAGAGAGCUUUUUGAUAAUUCAUGAUGCAUGCAAUAGACUAAAACCUGCAAAGCAUUUUUAUGAUAGGACUGUAAAAGUCUUUGAAGUUAUGCUUCCUGAAAAACUUUUCAUACCUCCAGAUUUUUUUAAGAAACUGGAGCAGCUCACAAAACCAAAAAAUCGUGCUGCAUUCCUUACAUCAUGGGUAGCAUUUCUCCGAAAUAUGGGACUAAAGUAUGUCAUUUCUCAGCAGCAGUUAUUGCAAUUUGCUAAAGAGAUUAGUAUGAGAGCUAACACUGAAAACUGGACUAAGGAUACACUGCAGAAUACAGUGGAUGUCCUCCUCCAUCAUAUAUUUCAAGAAAGAACUGAUUUACUCUCUGGAAACUUCCUUAAAGAAUUAUCUUUAAUUGCAUUUUUAUGUCCGGAACGUGCUCCUGCAGAAAUUGUAAGAUUCCAUCCACAAUAUCAAGAAGUUAAUGGAACGCUUCCUCUUAUAAAGUUCAGUGGAGCCCAGGUAAAUCCUAAAUUCAAACAGACGGAUGUUUUGCAGCUUCUUUGGACUUCGUGCCCUAUCCUCCCAGAGAAAGCAACACCUUUAACUAUCAAAGAACAAGAAGGAAGCAGUCUGGGUCCACAAGAGCAACUUGAGCAGGUUUUGACUAUGCUUAAUGUCAACUUGGAUCCUCCUCUAGAAAAAGUUAUAAAUAACUGCAGAAAUAUAUGUAAUAUAACAACUUUGGAUGAGGAUAUGAUAAAAACAAGGGCUAAAGUCCUAAGAAGCAUCUAUGAAUUUCUUAGUGCAGAGAAAAGAGAAUUCCGGUUUCAACUUCGAGGAGUUGCUUUCGUGAUGGUUGAAGAAGGCUGGAAACUGUUGAAGCCUGAGGAAGUGGUAAUAAAUCUUGAGUAUGAAUCUGACUUUAAACCUUACUUGUACAAGCUUCCAUUAGAACUUGGUACUUUCCACCAGUUAUUUAAAAACUUAGGCACUGAAGAUGUUAUUUCGACAAAGCAGUUUGUUGAGGUUCUGAGUCGUAUAUUCAAGAACUCUGAGGGGAAACAGCUUGAUCCUAAUGAAAUGCGCACUGUUAAACGAGUUGUUUCUGGCCUGUUUAAAAGCCUUCAAAAUGAGUCUGUUAAAGUUAGAAAUGACCUUGAGAAUGUGCGAGAUCUGGCUCUUUACCUGCCAAGUCAAGAUGGUAGAUUGGUAAAAUCAAGCAUCUUAGUUUUUGAUGAUGCACCACAUUACAAAAGUAGAAUACAAGGAAAUAUUGGUGUGCAAAUGCUUGUUGAUCUUAGCCAGUGUUACUUAGGAAAAGAUCAUGGUUUUCACACGAAACUGAUAAUGCUGUUUCCUCAGAAGCUGCGACCUCGUCUUCUCAGCAGUAUUCUUGAAGAGCAGUUGGAUGAAGAGUCACCCAAAAUCUGUCAAUUUGGAGCACUUUGUUCUCUUCAGGGAAGGCUCCAGUUACUGCUGUCUUCUGAACAGUUCAUCACAGGACUUAUUAGAAUUAUGAAGCAUGAAAAUGACAAUGCAUUCUUAGCUAAUGAAGACAAAGCCAUAAAACUUUGCAAGACCUUGAGAGAAGGUUUGAAAGUUUCUUGUUUUGAGAAGUUGCAAACAACAUUGAGGGUUAAAGGUUUUGCUCCUAUUCCUCACAGUAAAAGUGAGACAUUUGCUUUUUUAAAGAGAUAUGGAAAUGCAGUAAUAUUGCUCUAUAUACAACACUCAGAUAGCAAAGACAUAAAUUUCCUUCUGGCAUUAGCAAUGACUCUGAAAUCAGCAACUGAUAAUCUGAUUUCUGAUACUUCCUAUUUAAUUGCUAUGUUGGGCUGCAAUGAUAUUUAUAGAAUUAGUGAGAAGCUUGAUAGUUUAGGUGUGAAGUAUGACUCUUCAGAACCAUCAAAACUUGAACUACCUAUGCCUGGCACGCCUAUACCAUCUGAAAUACAUUACACUCUUCUUAUGGAUCCAAUGAAUGUUUUUUAUCCAGGUGAAUAUGUUGGUUAUCUUGUUGAUGCUGAAGGGGGAGAUAUCUAUGGAUCUUACCAUCCAACCUAUACAUAUGCUAUUAUAGUGCAAGAAGUAGAAAGGGAAGAUGAUGAAACUUCUAGUUUCCUAGGCAAGAUUUAUCAGAUUGACAUUGGAUACAGUGAAUACAAGAUCGUAAGCUCUCUUGACUUAUACAAAUUUUCAAGACCUGAUGAGAAUUCUCAGAGCAGGGACAGUGCACCAUCUACUCCGACUAGUCCUACAGAAUUCCCAGCCCAAGGACCAAGGACAAUUCCUCCUCUUUUUCCUGGAAGGGAGAGUCACAAAUCAUCAUCAUCAUCAUCAAAACAUCAUUCUCCCAAAAAAGUUAAAGCAAAUUCUCUGUCGGAAAUUUUAAGGGAAGUUACAUCAGUGGUGGAACAAGCUUGGAAGCUUCCAGAAUCUGAAAGGAAAAAGAUUAUAAGGCGGCUUUAUCUUAAGUGGCAUCCAGACAAAAAUGCAGAGAACCUUGAUAUAGCCAAUGAAGUUUUUAAGCAUUUGCAAAAUGAGAUCAACAGGUUAGAAAAGCAGGCUUUUCUAGACCAAAAUACAGAUAGGGCUUCCAGACGAACAUUUUCAUCCUCAGCUUCUCGAUUUCAAUCGGACAAAUUUUCAUUUCAAAGAUUUUAUACUUCAUGGAAUCAGGAAGCAACAAGUCAUAAAUCUGAAAGACAACAAUCUAAAGAAAAAUGCCCAUCUUCUACAGGUCCUUCAUACUCCCAGCGAUUUUUUGUGCCACCUACAUUCAAGUCUGUUGGAAAUCCUGUUGAGGCACGUAGGUGGUUGAGGCAAGCUAGAGCAAACUUUUCAGCUGCAAGAAACGACCUUCAUAAAAAUGCCAAUGAAUGGGUGUGUUUUAAAUGUUAUUUGUCUACCAAGUUAGCUUUGAUUGCUGCUGACUAUGCAGUAAGGGGUAAGUCAGAUAAAGAUGUGAAACCAACUGCACUAGCACAGAAAAUUGAGGAAUACAGCCAGCAACUUGAAGGCCUUACAAAUGAUGUCCACACGCUGGAAGCAUAUGGAGUAGAUAGCUUAAAAACACGCUAUCCAGACCUCCUUCCUUUCCCACAGAUCCCAAAUGACAGGUUCACUUCUGAAGUUGCCAUGAGAGUGAUGGAGUGUACAGCAUGUAUUAUUAUAAAACUUGAAAACUUUAUUCAGCAAAAGGUUUGAGAGAGGUUAAAAGACAUGGUGAAUUCAUAUAUGCCAUGUCUCCAACCAGUUUUUCUCCAAGCUACCUUUUGGUGGCAUGUUACUGUUGGUGUGUCAUGCGCUCAGCCAUAUGCCUUUGUGUGAUUGGAGUGGAAGUUGUCCUCUAGCUUAGAGGAUCUCAGCCACAGAGGUGAUAAGAGCAUGUCUGAGUUCACCUUUGCUAGCCAGAGCUAUAUACUAAAUGUGAUGGAAUAAAAUGUGAUUUACUUGUGCAGUUACUGUACUUCAGAGGCUAUUGUUUCUAGCAGCUUAUAAUGCAAUGUGUAUAUUUCAGUGGUGAUUGGGGCCAAACUAGAUGUUCCAUGACAGGCCUGGAUUUGGGAAUCUGGAUCAUUGCUGAACAUGUUUUGGUGAACAGCUGCAAAGCAGGAGAGGAGAGUAUGGUUUGUAGCAGGGAUGGUUUGGGCAGGAGAGGAGUUUUGAACUCUUCUUGGUCUCUCACUUUUCUCCUGCAGCCUCCAGCUCCUCUACUUCUCUGUGUCACAGCAAUGACUGUCUGGGACCUACCUGACUCUGGGGAAUUGGCUUGGGGAAGGUGUCAUUGCAGGGAGAAUGUGGCAAACAAGAGAAGGGCUUAGAAACUCAACAUUUGUCCACUGCAGAUUGUGCCCUCCUGCUGCUGCUGCUUUGCAACUGUUUGUUGACAGCCCUGGGUCUGUUAGUGAAAUCUUGUUCAGCCUUCAGGUAUGUAGGAUCGAAAUUUAAUUUACAUAGAUUUUUUUUUUAAAAAAACUGAGCCUAUUAGCAAAACCUUAGAACAUAUAUUUAAAGAUUUGCAGGGAGACUGAGCUGUAAAAUGUGGUUAUGUACACAGGACAGUGAUAAAAUCCCCACAGGUUGAACUGCACUUUAUGUAACCAAAGCUUAGGACUAUGAUAGGUGAAAUCUGUUUAUUAUGUGUGUGUAUAUAUCCUUGGAUUGCAUCCAUUUAGCUAUGUUUCCAAGAGGUGUCAUUUUUCAGUGUACUAAUAAUAUAAGACUGGGCAUAUUACUCUCUUAAGAAGUUCAAAAUUCUUGGGAGAGAAGUCACUCCAGAGUAUUCUGUGUACUUGUUUGUCAUAGACGUUAAUUUCACUCUGAGCAAUACUGUCUGCAGAAUCUCUAUAGAUUUGAUGCUGUGUUGCAUCAAAAGUUACAUCAGAGGUUAUCAAGGGACCUUUGACACAGCACAGUAUUUUAAUUCUAAGCGUUUAUUAAGUUCAACAGAAGACAUAUUUCUUUAUAACCUACUUUGUAUUCUAUCUUUUGUUGAAAUGAGAAUUGCAUGUGCAUUGCGUAGCAAAUACUUCAGUUUCUGUACGGUUUUUGAAACUGCACACCAAAACUCAUCUUUUUCCAGAAGUUGCCUUGCUUCAGUUUUUUAUUUGUUUAUAUAUAUUUUCAUGAGCCACCAUUGGAAAUAGUAUAACAUGGUAAUGUAUUUUGGUAUACAGUGGGAUAUUUUUUUUAUUACAUAUUAAAUGGUGCUGCAAUAUUAUGCUUCCUUAUUUUGUCUCACACCGUGUGGCACAUGAAAUGUCUGAUUUUUAGUUCAUACUCUUUCAUUUAUAAAUUGUAAUACUUUUGAUAAUGCCAUGUAAAUUAUUCAAUAUUUGUAAAAAGAUCAUGAAAACUUGUACAAUAAAUCUGCUAGUAUUAUGUUCCAUUAUUAUCUGAUUGUCAUAAUUACUUGAUUAGUACACUGAAACUGUAAUUUUACUUAUGUAAAAUAAAGAGUAAGGUGAGCUUAGAAGAGACUACAACCAAAAUUAUUGCAAUAUAAAAAGAUAAAAAAUGUUGAAAAAAGCUCUUCAGUUAAAUGUAAAUAAUUAAGGGCUUUCAGCGUGGAAAAUA